AUGUGUAUUAUCCACCAGAAGAACAUCCUGCACCUAAGCCCCGCGGAAGAACGAUGCACGGGAACAAGUAUCUUCCACAUUGCACUGGAUAACGAUGAAGUGCUGGAGAUCCUGCAAACACAGCUUGUUAUAAUAAAAGUAGAGAUAAGCAGUGACCCUAUCUCAGAAAACGCAGAUGCUUCCACUAGCUACACCACGGGUGCUGUGGCGAACCACCCAAGCACCAGCACCAGCAGCAGCACUGCAGGUUCGCCCCCAGCAGCCACAUGGCACCGUAUAUCUCCAGCGGACAGUAAGAUAUUUGUGCCCUCUGGAACCACGCGCAUAAGAGUCCUUUUCUCCACCGCACAGCACAACCAAAGCAUCACGUUCUACAGCCACCCACAGACAGGCCACACAGAGUUCAUUGGGCAGCCCAUUACUCCCCACUCGCUCUUCCCCUCGGUCCAAAUGGUCAGCACAAAAGCCUCCGCAACUCCCUACUAUCCGCUGGAAAUGAUCUAUAUUGUGCCCAGCGAAAAAGAGUUACAGGUUUAUUCCUCGGGAACGCUGUCAGGAACAUACGACGGUGGAACCACGAAGACAUUCCAUUUUAAAGUAGCAGAGGCGCAUCCGAUUCUUCUGGACAAGAUAAUAUUCACAGGAGGAACCUUCGCACAGGCCAACUCAGGCCGCAUUUCCAUCGUUCUUCCAGGCUUUUUAUCGCAGAAGUAUGCAGUGGCGCAGAAAGAGGCACAGGAUAUUCUCAAAACAUCGCUAAACACCGCGCAGUCAAUCCUUGAAUACAAGCUGCCGUUUAGCCGAAUAUACGUUAUAUUCACCAUUUCUGUGGUGUCGGACAGGCCAGGCAUCAACUGCUCCAUACUGAAUAUAUCGCAGAUACCUUUUCCUGAAGCAAUUGACCAAAUUUUCCAAAGCGUACACAUUCUAACGCGUACACUUUCUGCCCAAUAUUUCACAAUACUUUCGCACCACACAGUCUCGCUCGAUGCCUGGAUACACGUGGGCAUGCAGGAGUACACAGCGUCAAUACUCUCUGAAGCAAUUCUGGGAAGCAACGAGUCAAAGUACGAGCUGAACAGAGACAUAGAGUACAUCCACAGACACGACACAGACGAGCCGCCUUUAUCCUCAACAGCCCGAGAUAACAGCACGUUCAACAGCGUAUUCUUCCGAAAAAAAGCAGGGGCAUUCAUGAAAGUGCUGGAGAACAACCUCACUCCCGCUUUUAUGCACAAAAUCAUGAAAGAGCUGCUGGAGAGAAAGUCUCCAAGCACGAACGAUUUUAUGCGAAUCAUAAAAGAGACCACAGGAAAAGAUGUGAGAUCUUUGUUCGAUGCGUACAUCCUUAGAUCAGGAAUACCCACAAUAACUGCGCACGUAGAACACUCUCGGACAGGCGGGGUGUCUGUUAUUCUCAGACAAAAAAUUAACUCAGUCCAUCCAGAUGCGAAUGUUACCAUUUCAGGAAACAUCUCCAUUCGGAUAUACGAAACUGAUUCUGUGCUAGACCACGUUCUGUUUCUGGGUGCUACUCCGAUAUCUCACGAACUCUCAUCAGGCAUCACGAGAACAACCAGAAAAAGACACAGCCAAUCGACAAACGACACGUCUUCUCUUCUGUGGGUGCGCAUUGACCCGGGCAUUGAGUGGAUGAAGGUCGCAUCGGUGGAGCAGGCAGAUUACAUGUUCGCAGAACAGCUGGUGAGCGAGAAAGACGUGUACGGACAGAUGGAGGCGCUUUCAGGAGUUAUGAAGAAUCCGAGUGAGACAAUUUGCGGAGUGCUGGAGAGAGUGAUGGGCGACCCCACUGUGUUCUACAAAGUGUCGAUCUCUGCGGGCGUGCUCCUUGCAAAAAGCGUGAACGAAGAGUCUGGAUAUUUCGGAUUCCAAAGGGUUGUGCAGUAUUUCAUCAACAACUACUGCAUACAGAAUACAACCAUCGUUAGAUCUAACGACUUUUCUGCGUAUAGACUGUACUUUAUGCAGAAGAACAUAGCAUCGUCCAUGGCUCUGUGCCAGCUGGACAGCAUGAAAAGCGUUGGAGACAGGGUCAUCAGAGCAAAGAGCGUAGUUUCUGCUUUUUUGCUGAACCUGAUGAGAUACAACGACAACACUGGGAACUCUUUUGAUGACUCUUUUUAUUUGGCUGACAUCAUAACGGCUUUGGGAAUUGCGCUGUGCUCAGACGGGCAUGUGGACACAGGGCCUUUUGUCAGCGAGAUAGAAAGGCUUAGAAGAAGAGAUCUAUUGUUCCCCAGCCACCAGAACAUUCUCACGUGUGCAGCUAUCAAGGCCCUGACAAGGCUUGGCGUGCAGGGAUAUGUGAGCAUUUCGUACAAGAGAAUGCUUCUGUACACGAAUACCAACAAUUUCUACAAAGUUCGAAUGGCUGCAUACGAGUGCAUAAUUAUUUUGUUCCCUGAAGAGCUGUUGAGCGUGCUGCAGAUGGCAGUGGAUGAAGAUAGAAUAGUGCGCAUGAAGAUACUGCGGGUGAUCAGAGACGGAGCAAAGUGUGCUGCACUGCCCAUAUACGAGAGCAUUCAGAAGUACGCGCCAGAUAUUCUGAAGAUGCGAGAGAUAUUCUCGGGAGAUGAAGAGAUGGAGGGCGUGCUCAGAGAAAUAGAAGGGCUGCUGAUGGGGCCCACAGAGAUGGCAGCAGAGGUAGAAGAAGAAGCAGUCAUGCACGAGAUGAGCAGCGAAGAAGAGGGCAAAGUGCCUAGAAUAGUUGUGAAGGUCUUUAAGCCCCUGAUAAUCAAGAUAAAUCUAAAAGAAAUUGACGGGGCAGGCAGUGUCUUUGAUAAAAACACUGAUAGAAUUGCCCAAUAUGGAAAUAUUUCCAAUAAAAACACAAAUAGUGAGAUGAUCAGCAGCAGUAAGUACAUGAGCAGUACGACAGCUGAGAGCGCUGGAAAGCCAAGCAAAAGCGGAAAAUCACGAAGUGCCCGCAGAAGGAGCAUAGACCUGCGCGGUAGUGACAGAGUAGAUAGUAGCUUAGUAAGCAGCAGUGCCUAUGAACACAGUGAGAAUGCCAUAGAGAGCGAAGAAAUAAGAGACAGCACAAUGGAGAGCAUAGACGUUGAUCGAUUGUACAAGGAUGAUGGGCAGAUGAGGACAUAUUACCUAGACAAGCCGCAGGAGGUGGGAAUGUACCACUUUGUGUGCGCGAUAAAAAAGAGCAAAGCAGCGUCGCACAUCCUGCAGGCCUCCAAGAAAACUCCAAAUCUGCCAGCUGAUGAAAGUAUGCAGUACAAACUGUCAACAUUUGAUGAAAUGCGAGUGUAUUCCAAUGAGAAGGAAAGUGGAGAAAAAAAAACAGAAGAAAAAAAGGGCGAAUUGCUUAAAAAUAGCACGAAAGAGGCAGAUGUUGCAGGAGUGCGCGUAGAAAUAGACAGUGAAAACACAAAUGAUCCGAAGAAUGAGAUAGAGUGCCUGUUCAACAUCAGCAGCAGUCCUAUGCCUGCCAUCUACGACAAAGCAAUCUCUAUAUUUAGAGACUAUUUCAAGUCUGCACAGUACGACACCUCGUCAUAUAGCACAAUAAAAUACUUCCAGGCGCACUUUGAAAGAGAGUAUGCAGCAUUUUUCCACAUAACAGAGAAACCGAUGCACAGAAUAGACGCAGCAACAAGAAAAGAUGGAACAGACGGAAGAGCGCUUCUCAUCUCAGCAAUUGACAGGAUAAUAUCAGAAGACAGACACAAAAUCUUCUCGGUCCCGAUUGAAACAGACGUGCUAAAGGAGUACAAGUAUUUGGAAAUAGUGAAAAGACCGCUAGACUUGGAAAGUAUAAAAAAAGACCUGGAGAGUGGAGCGUAUUUCACAAUGGAGUGCGCGGUCUAUGACAUCGCACAGAUAUUCAUCAACUGCAUGAUCUACAACCUGCCAGGGUCCGAGAUUUACAACGAAGCUAUUUUCAUCAAGUCCAAAGCAGACGCAAUCAUAAAGGAAAUUGUGCCACUGUUCUCAGAAGAGUGCACACUAAAGGACGGGCUGCAGCUGAUUUUCUCAGAUGUGCUCAGCGACGAGUUUAAAGUAUUCUACGACAAGGUGAACAGCGAAGAGUACCCGCAGUACUACAAGGUGGUAAAGGAGCCCAUGUGUCUGUCUCUUGUAAAAGAGAGAGUGGAGAGCGGAUACUACAAAAACAUUGUGCACUUUGAAAACGAGUUCCACAAAAUCAAUAGCGCAAGUCUGCUGUACAACGGAAGCGCCUCAGAGAUCACAAAGCUGGGAAAAACACUCACACAGAAAGUGCAGAUGUCCGUGCAGAAGAGAUUCCCGUGGCACAAAAGCAUAUUCAACAAAAGAACCACGGCCCAGCAGAAGACAAAAGCGCCGGUUGGAGUGAGCAAAAAGAUAAAGGCCCAGAAAUAG